AUGAGACCAUCUUUCCAUCUUGGUGCCUAUCAGUUCACCCUCUUCUCCCUCACCCUCCUCUGCCCCGUCCCAUGGUCUGUCACACCAUGCCCCCGACCCCCUACCGCCCUACUACCCACAGUGGAUGGACCUGCGCUGGAGUCUGCCCUGCUGCACCUUCAGGCUGCUCUGGAGGACCCACCUGAAGCCUGGGCCGAGUGGCCUCAAGACCCUCGGCGAGCCCUGCUGGAACCCAGGCAGAAUGCGGAAGAGGUCAGUUCAUGGGAGGAGGAAGCGCUGCUGAGGGACCAGAGAGGAGACCUGAUGGCCCGGCCGCUAUCGCCCUUUCCAGGGGGUCACUCUCUGGAAAGCAUGCACUAUCAGGACGGAGGAGAUGGGGAGGACGGUGGAAAAAGGAAUGAAGCUCUGACCUCCAUCGCUGGAGGGCUCCAGGCCGUCAGCCGGGAGAAAGGGGGAUUCGGCUUCCGCUUUGGGAGGAAAAGAUGGACUGACCGGGGAUGGAGGGAUGAAGGGAGGGGGGCACAGAGGAGGACAAGUGGAACUGAUGAGGGAGGGUUUUUUUAACGGGAAAGAAAGAGGAGUUUGAUGGGAAAAAGGAAGGUGAGGCUGGAAAGGAGAUGAUCCAGUAAAAGGAGUCUUUCCAUAGGGAGGGUGCUAAUACACUCGUUAGGCAAUGGCUUCCAGCAGCAGGCGAUACACUGGCAUAAAAAAUCCAAAAUGUAUUUAAGUGAUUCAUGACAACUUAAUGUUGCUGGAAAAGUUGCCCAGUGGGUCACUGCCUUUAAAAAUAAGACACAAUGAGAGGUUUAGUGCAGGUUGCACUUGAGUUUGAGGGAAUAUUUGAUAGAACAGGAAGAAAAUAAAAUGAUUUUAGUUAAUGCCCCCAUCAACCCAAUGAAAUCAACAUUUAAUUUAAAUUUGAAAACGAAACUAUACAAAAGAAAGAAAGAAUAAAAUAAAAUGUAUAUGCAUAAAUGGUAGUAUAAUAAUUAAACACUACAAAAGAGCAGGAUGUAAUUUUUUGCCAAUGUUUUCAUCUUGUUUGUCUCUGAAUUGGGGUAUAAAGAAAACAGUGACACACGUUAUAGUAACUGGAUGUAUAGAAAGAUUACAACUCAGCAUCAGAUGUUAAAGCUUCUCUUCAAAAGUGAAUGUAAAUGUUAAAGUAAUUAUGUCAAAUUCAAGGUCUAACAGUGUAAUAAUAUAUGAACACACACACACACACACACACACACACACACACACACACACACAGGAUGGCUUGAAUAUAAGCAAUGAAUAAAGCCUUGAGAGGUGCAGCCUGUAAAACAAAACUCUCAACACAGAUUUGGGGGUCAGAUGUUUGAUUCCUUCAGCAGUUGUUCGUCCUCACACAAAACAGUGUGGGAUCAUCACUGUCAUUGCCAUAAGCUUCUCUCUAAGCUUCGGAUUCCCUCAGUGUCAAUCAUUCAUGUGGUUUUUACUGAGACCUGAAUCAUCCACAGAGGUCUCCUCCUCCCCAAAACACAUAGAACAGGUGAUUAAACUGGUAAAAACACUGAAUAAAGGAGUUUCAUGUUAAAAUUCAGUGUUUCUCUUAUGGUGUUCGGCAGGAACGUCUAGCACUAACGUUUGCUUAGCUUUGGCUGUCACUCGAUUAAAAUAUAAUAUGAAAAUGCUAGAUUUAUAAAGUCAAAAUGUGGCUUAAAACUGGAUUGCAAGCUUCUAGCAGACAACCACAACGCUGACAUCCAAGCAAAGGUGAUAUGUUGCCAUUUACCAUAAUCAUUCCAUAGU